GUAUAAUCAUUUAUAAUUUUGCUUUCCAGUCGUAUACGCGACCAAAAUGUGAUGCCGCCGACAACCUGAGGAACCUUGGAUGUGAUAUAGCAUUUCUCAUCAACCCUACCGCGGAUAUGGUUGUCACAGAACAAGGUGUCAUCACUAAAAACAUCGACCUGGGCGGGUCAGGAGGAGGGGGCAUCAAGGCCAAUGGGCAGCGGUGGGGCCACGCCGAGUGUUUGGCAGACCCUAUCACCUGCGGAGAGGUCGGAGGAGAGCUAGCAGGGAGGACAGGAGGAGGAGGAGGUAGUUCUGGAGGAGGAGGAGGAGGAAGUAUCGGAGGAGGAACCAGUGGGAGCUUCGGAGGAGGAAGUUUCGGAGGAGGAGGAACAGGUGGGAGUUUCGGAGGAGGGAGUACCGGGGGUACUUUCGGAGGAGGCGGUUUCGGAGGAGGAAGUACCGGAGGAGGAGGAUCAUCAUCAUCGUCGUCAUCAUCAUCAUCGUCCUCGACGUCCAUAUCUGGCAGUUCAUCUGGGGGAGGCUUCAACUUCGGAGGAGGAGGAAGUUCCUUUGGAGGAGGAGGAGGGAGUUCCUUCGGCGGAGGAGGAAGCUCCUUUGGAGGAGGCGGCGGCGGCGGAGGAGGAGGAGGAGGGGGAGGAGGAGGUAGUUCCUUCGGAGGUGGAGGCAGUUCCUUCGGAGGUGGUGGAGGCAGUACCGGUGGAGGAGGCGGUAGUUCCGGGGGAGGCCUUUUCUUCGGAGGAGGAGGGACUGGAGGCAGCGGAGGCAGUGGCACUGGAGGUUCCGCGUCAGGUUCCAGUAGCAGCAGUUCAUCUUCGUUCUCUGGUACGAUUGGAGGAGAAGGCGGUUUGACUAGCGAUGACUUCUUUACCAGCCUUGAUGAGUUUAUGAAUUCCGGAGGGAGUGGCAGCGGACGAAAGAAGCGCCAGAUUGACGACGACACCUUAAGUAGAAUCAACCGCAUCUCUCCAAAGCAACUCAAGCUGGACAUGAGAAAAGGAUCGACCUACAGUUUCACAAUGAACGUGUACCGCCCGAAGGACUACCCUGCCGACCUGUACUACCUUAUGGACCUGUCAGACUCUAUGAAGGACGAUUUGGAAAACCUGCAGGGACUCGCUACGACGCUGACCACCGAGUUGAGGAAACUUACCAAAAACUUCAAUGUUGGCUUCGGCGCUUUUGUGGACAAGACCGUGUCUCCCUACGUGGAUACAUCACCAGCAAAACUGAAGGAGCCCAGCCCCGGCGCCGCCCCUCCCUUCAGCUACAUCAACGCCCUGUCGCUCACGGACGACGAGGACCUGUUCAAUGACGAGAUCGAGAAGAUCAGGAGCUCCGGAAACCUGGACGCCGCGGAGGGAGGGUUCGACGGCAUGCUACAGGCGCUGGUUUGCAGGGAUAAGAUCGGUUGGCGGGAAGCCUCGACCCACAUCAUCCUGUACGCCAGCGACGCGCAGUUCCACUCGGCAGGGGACGGCAAGCUGGGCGGCAUCGUGCAGAAGAACGACGAGAAGUGCCACCUGGACAUCAAGGGGAAAUACAUGGAGGAGUUCGCAAACUCACAGGAUUACCCGUCAAUCAGUCAGAUUAGAUCCCUCCUGGAAGCAACCAACACUCUGCUCAUCUUCGCCGUGGACAAAAAGUACCAGAGCGUCUACGAGAGCUUGGCGAACAGCCAGUUCGCAGGCCUGGCCACCGCCGGUGUCCUGGAAGCGGACUCCAGUAACAUCAUCGCGCUUAUCGAGCGAUCCUACAACCAACUGCUGUCCCAGAUCGAGUUGAGUUUCGUGGACUUCCCCAGCGAGUACAUGUCCUACACUGUCACUCCCAACUGUGGUAACGGACAGAGAGACGGAAAAAGAUGUACCAACGUGCAAGUAGGGGACGAGGUGACCUUUGACAUAGAGCUGAAGAUGGACGACAUCCCGUUAGACUCCGCACAACUGAACGCCGAACACGAGUUCAAGAUCAAACCGGUCGGUUUCCACGAAGAGCUGGUGGCCAAGCUGCGGUACCUUGGGUCUUGUGACUGCGAAGCACAAGCAGUUCCGACAAGUGGCAAAUGUAACACCCAUGGCACAUUUGAGUGCGGAAAGUGUGUCUGUGACUCUGGAUGGCUGGGGAACACGUGUACCUGCGACGCCUCCAACAACACCGUCGCCGCUAACAACGAGGCGUGCAUCCAGCAGGGAAGCAUCGACGUGUGCCAGCGGAGAGGAACGUGCCUGUGCGGGGAGUGCAUCUGCGACAGGCCCGACAGAUUCUCCGGAAAGUUCUGCGAGUGUGACAACCAGGCCUGCGAGCGCUUCAACGGGGCUAUCUGCGGAGGUCCAGCGUUUGGAACAUGUGACUGUGGCACUUGCAAAUGCAAAGAAGGCCGGGAGGGUAGCGCCUGCCAAUGCCCGAGCGACCGAUCCGUCUGCAAACCAAGCAACGCACCGGACGAUGCCGACCUGUGUAACGGCCAUGGUGAGUGCGCCUGUAACGAGGGGGAGGAGCAGCGCUCGUGCGUGUGCGAGGAAGGGUACAGCGGCAGGUUCUGCGAGGAAUGUCAGGCAUGUCCAGGGAAGUGCGACGUCCUGAAGCCGUGUGUCCAGUGCCACGCCUGGGGGAAGAACUGGACAGAGGAGAUCUGUGUCAACAAAUGCGUGGACAAAGUCUACAUGACUGACCGGCUGCGAGACGAUGUAGGAGUGACGCGUUGUUCGUACACCGAUGAUGACGGCUGCACGGUUCACUACACCUACGGCACGGACUCCUACAAGGGACAAACGUCAGACGACUUCGUGGUGGAGGUCCGCAAGGACAGAGACUGUGUGACCCCGUUCCCGUGGUGGUGGCUGGUGCUGGGCAUCAUCCUGGCCAUCCUGCUGCUGGGCCUGUGCUGCCUGUGCUGCUGGAGAUGUUGGGCAUACUACAAGGACAAGCAGGAGUUCCUACUCUGGCAGGACGAGAUGAAGCAACAAGCUGUCGGAUGGGACACAGCAGAGAGCCCAAUCUACACCGGUGCGGUCACGACACACCAGAAUCCUGAAUUUAUCGGUGGAGGCGCCGCCAUUGCAGGUGCGUCCGUUGUUGAUGCUGGACUAGUAAACGCAUCCGCUCCAGUUGCAGCAGCUGCUCCGAUGAUUAACCUUGAUCUGAAGGACAAGUUGAUCGUGAAGACCGGGUCAGUCAUCAUCCUGGACAUCCCCUUCAGCGGCCGCCCCUCCCCGGACAUCGUCUGGACUAAAGAUGACGUGGAGAUCUACAGUGGGGAUCGGGUGACCAUUGAGAACGCGGCCACCUCCACCACUCUGUCUAUCAAGAACUGCCAGCGGUCGGACGCCGGGAACUACAGACUCGCCCUGGCUAACACGGCCGGGCGCGCCAAGGCCGAUGUGGACGUCGUCGUCAUUGACAAACCGGGACCUCCAAAAGAAGUGCGUAUCGAUGACGUCAUGCAGGAUUCCGUGGCGUUGUCAUGGCGACAGCCAAUGGACGACGGCGGCAGCAACAUCACUAACUACGCGGUUGAGAAGUUUGAUUAUGACCGUAACAACUGGGCCAUGGUCAACCCUUAUGUCCCAGGUUUCAACUACACCGUGCCUAACCUGGUGCCCGGAGCGGAGUACCUGUUCCGUGUGGCCGCUGAGAACCAGUGUGGGCUCGGGGAACCGACAGAGAGCGAGAGGAUCGUGGUCCAGAACCGGCAUGGCCGACCCCCGGGCGUUCCCGGUACCCUGACCUAUGAAGAAGUGACCGGUGACCGGGUGACCCUGCGCUGGAGCCCGCCAUUGGACGAUGGAGGUAGCGAGAUCACCAACUACGUGAUCCAGAAGCGUGACUCUAACGACCCCCACGGUUGGACCACGGUGUCCUCCUCCGCCACCCGCACCACUCACCGGGUCGGCAACCUCAACCCCGGCGGUAACUAUCGCUUCCGAGUCCGAGCGGAGAACUACUACGGUCCGGGGCCCUGGACGGAAUCCGGCGGAGUCAUGCUGGGUGGAGGUUCUCUUGGAAGGGGACCGGUGCAACAGAACAUGUCGUCGUUUAGCUCGGGGCAGUUUUCCACUCUGCCCGCCGGGAUGAGCUUCCAACAGCCGGCCUACAUCAUCGCUCAGGCGCCCCCCAUGAGCUCGACCCUGCCGUACGGAGCCAGUUUCCCGUCCAUGGCGUCCUGGGGAUCAUCCAUGCAGCAAGAGGUUCCACAACAGCAGGCCCCUCCUCCGAAACCUGAUCCAAUUGGCCCGGUGCUGCGCCAGGGAGUGACUCUAGUGGGGAAGGACUUCACCGAGGUGCUGCUGCUGCUGAUGCGGGGGGACACGGGCAUGCCCAGCCCGCUGGCACGCUUCUACACGCACCAGCCCAUGGACCAGAUGGGCGAGCAGCAGCUCAACGACUGCACCGGCGGCCUGUGCGGGUUCAAACCUGCCGAACUGCUCAUCCUCUGCGGACUCACGCCCAACAGGUCCAACACGCUUAAAUUGUGCCAUUACCUCAUCAUUCUGGCUAACGAAGAACGGAGCCACCACCCAAGUUUUAAUAGCCUGGAUGAUGUCCUAGUUACUGUGAAGCAGAUCUGUAAGAAGCAGGACCUGUCCUAUGACGCCAUCUCUCUCAUCAACGCCCUGACCAUCCUGGUGGAUCUCGGUAGGAAGUACCACCACCAGGACCUCCAGAAGUUCGAGAAGGCGCUGCACGAGGCUCGCACCAACAUCACCAACAGGGAGCUUGGCAGGGUCAUCCUUACCAUCCUGGGCUUGAACGUCGUUGUCGUCAAGGUGAACGUGACCUUGAAGAACAAGGACAUCACCCCUCUCCUGCUGAGCCUGAAGGACGGCGACGUGGACCUGCCGCCUAACGGCGAUGACCUGUGCCGCUUCAAGCUGGACACGCCCCUGGACCAGAUGACGGACGACGAGCUGCGUGAGAACAUCGAGGAACUCUCGGGCUUCACCCCGGAGAACCUGCUGGAGCUGAUCCAGAUGCCGGCGACGCGCCAGAACGUGCUGGCCCUGGCUCACCUGAUGAUCCAGCGCGCCAACGAGGACCUGCCCGUCACCCCGGCGGCGCUGACACCAAAGGCCCGCUCACGGACGUCCUCACAGUCAAGUGGCACGGGCCAAGAGGUGGGUAUGAAAAGUUAACCGGCCCGGAGCGGGCAGCCAGAGUGGGGAGGAAACUUGAUUGGUUAGAGACAGCGUUGGAAGAGGCAGCUGUCAAACAAGCGUUAAACUGUGCAAGACUUUCAGCCUCCAAACCAGCAAAAGACUUUGACAGGGACAGCCUUUUGAUCAGUUUAGAAAAUCUGCAGGACGUCACGAAACAGUACCAACAUCCGGAGUGGAGAUAUUACCAGGAAACAUUGACGAUAGCGAGACAAAGUAUGUCGGACCCAAACCUUGGCAAGUUGGUUCUGGCGCUUAUUGGAAAACCGAGUUAGCACACACAUAUACUUCAUAUAUAUGUAUAUGUCUAAUUUAGACUAAAGCGUCGUUCAAAACGAGCGUCGUUUAAAAAGCACAACUUGAAUAGAAAACGUAACAAAAUUCUGGAUCAGAUGACAUUUGAAGCUACAAGGUGUAUUUCGUUGAAUACACUAAAACUUUGUGUACUAAAUUUUAUAUCAGAUGUCUUACUCGAUAGAGAAAGCAAUGAUGAGACUUAAGAAAAUUAGAUACAGUACCAAUUCUCUUAAUGAAUGUGCGAUUGUUGGAAUUUACACUAUUUUUCAGCUAGUUGCAAACAGUAUCGUUCUAGCUGUUCUUAUGUACUGUUAGAAAAAAAUCGAUUUUAUUGUUUAAAUGAAGAAUGCGCGCAAUUUUGAUCUUGAAAAAAAAGGAAAAGAGAGUAAAUUUGAAA